CCGAGACUCUUGGGCAGAACGCACCCCGUGCCCCCAAUGGGGAUCGCUCCGCGUCGCCGAUGCGCGGCCACGUGUCCGCGGCGUCGGGAUGGAGCCCUCCGACCCGAUCUACUCUGGCGCCGUCUGCGCGGCCCAGGAGGAGGAGGAGCGAGGAGGAGGAAGGAGAAGGAGGAGGAGGAGGAGAGGAGGGCGGCACCGCCAGGCUCCGAGUCCCGCCCCGAGAGGCCCGACACCGUCGAGGGGCAUGCGAAGCACUCGGCGGCCACAGUGCACGGCAAGUUCGUGCGGCGUCGGCGCGCGGCUGUCCUCCUCGUUUUCCUCCUCCUUACCUCCUCGAUCCACAUACGUACCCUGCAAAUCGGGCCAGCUCGACUCGAAGAGCUCCCACACCCCCACCCUCAAGCGAUCACUGAACGCGCUCGCUCUGUCCUUGCAACCUGGCACCCGUAA